AUGUCGGAUACACCUCUAGCCUCAUUGUCUCUUACACAUGUCCAUUAUAACCCCGAGGAUCCCCUGUCCUUUGCAUCCGCAUGGCUCGCUCUCCUACCCCAGGCGCUCUGCGUCUCUUAUACCACUCUGAUCUGGGCAACGCGAGAAGUUGAGGUCAUAUUGAUGUUCGCAGGACAGCUAGGCUGCGAAGCAAUCAAUUUUGUGCUAAAGCGCUUUAUAAAAGAAGAACGACCGAAGGAAAUGCUUGGCAAAGGCUAUGGAAUGCCAUCGUCACAUGCCCAGUUCAUGACCUUUUUCUCCGUCUACCUUACCUUUUUCCUCCUAUUCCGACACACUCCCGCCUAUGCGACCUCCUAUCCUAAACUGGGAACUUUGCUGAGAGCCUCUGUGACUCUGAUCCUUCUGGCUGUUGCUGGUGCAGUUGCUACAAGCCGCAUCUACCUGAAUUAUCACACUCCUCGCCAAGUGCUGGCGGGCUGUGGAGCUGGUGUGGUGUGUGCAUUUGGCUGGUUUGUUAUUACCGGUCUGCUCCGUCGAUGGGGCUGGAUUGACUGGGCCGUGGAAUUGACUGUCGCCCGCCUACUACGAGUGCGUGACCUGGUGGUUAGUGAAGACUUGGCUGAGGCCGGUUGGCAACGAUGGGAAUUAUUGAGAUUGAAGCGUCGCCGUGAUGCCCGCAAAUCGCAGUAA